UCAUUAUUGAUUACUUUUUAAAUUAUUUUAGUAAAAAAAAAAAACUAAUUAUUGAAAAGGUAUUUCUUUACAGCAAGGUGCAGUUAAACAGUGAAUGGCGUACUGUAUGUUUAUGCCAUAGGUUUAUGCUAGAUAACUUUUGAUCAAGGAAAUUAAGCAAUUCUCCUGUCUCGAUAAUCCAAAUCCCCAAACGAAAGAAACUGGGCUCGUUUACGCUCGUUUUUGGACAUGUUGAACCAGGCUGGGUGGGUUGUUUUUCUUACAGGAUCUGGCAACACGUGUAAUCGGUGGGGGACUGACAUUGUGAAUGGAAUCCCUGGGAGCCCCAAAAGUGCAUUAAGACUGACAAAAACAGAGUUUGGAAACGCCGUUCAAAAGAUAUGGCAGACAAAGAACAAGAUGAUAUGUGCAGUAUCUAUCCGGUAGUGCUGCCAUCUGGGAGUGAAAUCAAGGCUCGUGUGCAGCACUUCAUAGAGGAUCAGUUGCAGAGCACCAUGUGGACUGGUGUGCUGAUUGGAGCUGCAGUUGCAGUUUCACUUAUCAGUAUUGUUGCCUUUUUUCUGUACAGAAGAUACAAGGCUGGAGAAGAGAAAAAUGAAGGUCCUAAAUAUCGUUUCAGAAAAAGAGACAAAGUGAUGUUUUAUGGCAGGAAGAUAAUGAGGAAGGUCCAGACCUUGUCCUCACCACCCACCUCAGGUCCAGUAUCUCAAAAGCGAACCAGAAAAAGAGCAAAAGUUCUGUCAAUAGCUCGCAAAAUCCUGCGUAUCCGAAAGGAGCCACCAACCCUGCAACCGAAAGAACCCCCUCCUUCACUCUUGGAAGCAGAUCUGACUGAAUUUGACAUGCAGAACUCUCACCUGCCCUCUGAAGUCCUGUAUAUGCUGAAAAAUGUGAGGGUUCUGGGUCAUUUUGAGAAGCCUCUGUUCCUGGAACUGUGUCGACAUAUGGUGUUUGUGCAGCUGCAGCAAGGGGAAGGAUUAUUCCGGCCAGGUGACAUCGAUGACAGUAUCUUUGUGGUGCAGGAUGGGCGUCUUGACCUGUGUAUCCAUGAGAGUGAUGGGACUGAGGUUGUGGUGAAGCACGUUUUGCCUGGAGACAGUGUUCACAGUCUUCUCAGCAUCCUUGAUGUCAUCACUGGUUAUCCAGCUCCCUACAAAACCGUCUCAGCCAGAGCAGCAGCCCCAACUACUGUUCUCCGGCUCCCUGCACAGGCUUUCCAGUCCGUCUUUGAGAAAUACCCAGAGACCCUAGUCCGAGUUGUUCAGAUUAUCAUGGUGCGACUUCAGAGAGUUACCUUUCUUGCCCUUCACAACUACCUGGGCCUGACCACAGAACUUUUCAAUCCGGAAAGUCAAGCUGUUCCACUUGUGUCAGUGGCUGGUGUUGUAGGAGAGGCCAGUCCAGGCAAAGGACUACGCAGACACUCACAGACAAUUGAGGAAGUGUCUGACAAAGUCUCACAGAGGUCCUUGGACCAUUACAGUGACACAAGUCAGAUAUACAGAGGAGAGGAUGGUGGUAAGCCCAUCCAUACAGAAAGUCCAAAUGCUUUAUUCGGGAAGUCUCGCUCACUGUCAACCCCUUUUGACAGUGCACAUGCUGGGUCUCCUGACCACAAUAUGACCUUUGACAGACCAAGCAUUACAAAAGAGAAUGCCCCUUCAAGUCCUAUUGUCAUUCAUAAGUCUGUUCGGAAGAAGUCGGUGACUAUGCAACAUUCUCCUUCAGCUGUGUUUCACUACUCGGACACUGGGGGUCACUCCAGCCACAUCCACCACUGUAAAGUUAAUGCCAUUUUCCAAGCUGCCAAGAAGGACUUGCUCAAGAUUAUACAGCUUCAGGACCCUAGUCUUCUGGAAGACAGGGUGACUCUGAGACAAGUUAAAGCGGGCUCUGUGGUUGCAAGCGAGGGAGACCAGGAUGUGAGCGUGCAGUUUGUCAUCUCAGGAGCUCUUCAUGUGUACCAGAGAAUGAUUGACAGAGAAAAAGAAACAUGUCUUUUUGUGACUCACCCUGGAGAGAUGGUGGGCCACUUGGCUGUUCUCACAGGAGAGCCUCUCAUCUUUUCUGUGCGCGCCCACCGUGACUGCUGCUUCCUGUCUAUCUCCAAAGCACACUUCUAUGAGAUAAUGCGUGCUGAGCCUCGAAUGGUGUUAAAUGUAGCUCACACCGUGGUACGGAGGGUCUCCCCCUUUGUCCGACAGAUUGACUUUGCCCUGGACUGGAUGGCACUGGAGGCCGGACGGGCUGUCUAUAGACAAGGUGAUAAGUCAGACAGCACUUUCAUUGUUCUGAGUGGCCGCUUGCGCUCUGUCAUCAUGAAGGAUGAUGGGAAAAAAGAGCUUGCUGGAGAGUAUGGACGGGGAGACCUCAUUGGUGUGGUGGAAACUUUGACUCAUUUGAACAGAGCCACCACAGUCCACGCAGUCCGAGACUCUGAACUGGCCAAACUGCCUGAGGGAGCUCUCAACUCUAUUAAGAGGAAAUACCCACAGGUUGUAACUCGUCUGAUUCAUCUUCUUGGGCAGAAAAUCUUGGGUAACAUGCAGCAAGUGAAUGAUCCACUAUCAGUGUGUAGCCUGGGUUUUCGCACCCCAACCAGCAAGUGGGAGGCAGGUAACCCAGCCGCCAAUCUGUCAACGGUCGCCAUUCUGCCUGUUUCUGAGGAGGUGCCUUUGACUGCCUUCACGCUGGAGCUGCAGCAUGCUCUCAGUGCUAUUGGCCCCAUUUUGCUUCUAACCAGUGACAUCAUCAGACAGCACCUAGGUGUUGCAGCCUUGGACAGUGUUCAUGAGUACCGUUUGUCAAGCUGGUUGGGUCAACAAGAGGACAUCCACCGGAUUGUUCUAUAUCAGUCUGACAGUUCUCUGACUCCUUGGACUCAACGUUGCAUCAGACAGGCAGACUGCAUCAUCAUAGUGGGUCUGGGGGAACAGGAGCCCACUGUGGGAGAGCUGGAGCGUAUGCUGGAGAGCAGUGCCGUGAGAGCUCAGAAGCAGCUGAUCCUGUUGCACCGUGAGGACGGGCCUCCACCCAGUGGAACAGCAGAAUGGCUCAACAUGCGCAGCUGGAUCUCUAGACAUCUGCACCUGUCAUGCCCUCACAGGGUCUUCUCCAGGAGGAGUCUACCCAAACUGAGAGAGAUGUAUCAGCGGGUAUGUGAGAAGCCUCCCGACCGGCAUUCUGACUUCUCGCGUCUGGCUCGGAUCCUGACAGGAAAUGCUAUCGCUCUGGUGCUGGGAGGAGGGGGGGCCAGAGGCUGCUCUCAGGUGGGCAUCAUUCGGGCAUUGAGUGAGGCAGGAAUCCCUGUAGAUCUGAUUGGCGGCACCUCCAUUGGUUCCUUGAUAGGAGCGCUCUAUGCUGAAGAGCGAAACGUCAGUCGUAUGACCGUUAGGGCACGCCAGUGGGCCAUGGAUUUUGGAUCAAUAUUUAAGAAGAUCACAGACUUGACCUACCCAGUGACAUCUAUGUUUACUGGAGCAUCAUUUAACUCCAGCAUUAGUGGAAUCUUCCGGGACAAACAGAUUGAGGACCUUUGGAUCCCAUAUUUCAACAUCACUACAGACAUCACUGCCUCCUCCAUGAGAGUGCACACUUAUGGCUCUCUGUGGAGGUAUGUGCGUGCCAGUAUGUCUCUGUCUGGAUAUCUUCCCCCUUUAUGUGACCCUAAAGAUGGGCACUUGCUUAUGGAUGGAGGCUACAUCAAUAACCUACCUGCUGACAUAGCUCGCUCCUUGGGUGCCAAGAUGGUGAUUGCCGUUGAUGUCGGUAGUCAGGAUGAGACCGAUCUGACAAACUAUGGAGACUCUUUAUCUGGAUGGUGGCUGCUAUGGAAACGCUUGAACCCGCUGACAGAAAGAGUGAAGGUGUUGAACAUGGCAGAGAUUCAGACCCGUCUGGCCUACGUGUGUUCUGUGCGUCAACUGGAGCUGGUAAAAGACAGUGACUACUGCGAAUACCUUCGACCACCCAUAGAUCGCUAUGGCACUUUGGAUUUUGGCAAAUUUGAUGAGAUUGCUGAUGUUGGCUACCUGCAUGGGAAAACCGUGUUUGACGUGUGGUGUCGGAGUGGAGUGAGGGAGACAAUGCUCAAAGACCAACAUCAAGAGGAAUUCCACAAAUCUAGGAGCACAAAUGUGACCUGUCCCAAUGCUUCUUUCACCGAUCUGGCUGAAAUAGUGUCCAGAAUAGAGCCAGUGAAGCAGGCCGUUGUGGAUGAGGAGUCUGAGUACCAGACAGACUAUGAUGAAGAUGCAGUACUGUCAGACUUCGAUUUGUCCAAUCCAAACAGCGAACACAGUGAGCAUACUGAAGAAGAAGAGGAGGAGGAGGAGGAGACAGCAGAUACGGCUGAUACAGAUGAUGACAUGGAGAUCAGGACAAGGCGACAUCGAGCACUCAAACACAGUAGCCAUCAUACCACCUGACCUCAGAUAAUUCUAUAAAUAAGUCUACAGUAGUAUGAGCCUUUAGACUAAUGAUCAAAAGUUUGUGCUCAUCAAGGAUGCAUUUAUUUGAUUAAAAUACGGUAAAAACAGUAAUAGUGUUAAAUAUUAUUACAAUUUAAAAUGACUAUUAUCUAUUUUAAUAUAUUUUAAAAUGUAAUUUAUUCUUAUGAUGGCAAAGCUGAAUUUAGUGCUCAAGACAUAUUUCACAUUUCGAUGUUGAAAACAGCUGUGCUGCUUAAUAUUUUUGUAGAAACCACGAUACAUUCUGUUUUCAGGAUUCUUUGAUGAAUGGAAAGUUCAAAAGAACAGCAUUUAUUUGAAACAGAAGUCUCUUGUAACAUAAAUACUGUGAUUAAUUAUAGUUCUUUUAAAUUUUAUUUAUGUUUCACAGUAUUGCUGUUUUUAUUGUAUUUUUGAUUAAAUAAAUGCAGCCUUAAGAGACUGGUAGUGUAUAAGGGGAUUUUAACAAGUGACAUCAUCAGUAAUGACUUACUUGAAUUGUUAGAAACUAACAGCUAAUCAGAAAAGGAUCUUAAUACAAGAAAGCAAGUGUUAUGGUACUUCUUAUUCCUUUAAUUUCCCAAAGAAUGAGAAUGAGAUUGCGGUCUAUCAGUAUUGAGCCCUAGAUAUCAAUCAGCCAACACUGAGCUCUCUCUGAUUCCAGUGACAAUUGAUAAACAUCUAUAAGUGCUGUUCUUCCCUUUACAUUUAGUAUUACACCAGGUCAGUAAUAUUUGAAAAAAAUCUAUUUUUAAUGCAAGCUGUCAAUGCAACCUCAACACAGUUUUACUGUGUGAAAAGAUAAGCUGUUUCGUGUCUGUAUUAUCUUGUUCGUGAAGUUAUAAGCAGUGACAUAAAGUCUGUUUCUUUGAAGUUUCAACUUUUAGAAAAAAUAGUUCAAACUGUGUAACCAGGAGAGAAGGAUGAACUAAUAAAUGUUAGUCUAAGAGAUUAUUCUGAUUCAUUUGUGUCAUUAAAUCACUAUAUAAACAACUUUUAUUUUGGGUCAUAGGUAAACUGUUUGAAGCAGUUGAUGAUAUUUGGCAAUGCUUUGUGUUAUUUGGCCCAUUAAAAGUUCAAAAUUG